UGUGUGUGUGUGUGCGUGUGUGUGUGCGUGUGUGUGUGACUAUAUGUGGGGAUUAACUGAAGCGUGUUGCCCGGAAGUGUUGAGCGAGAGGUGCGGAAGUCCAAGGGGCGGGAAGACAAGCUCGGAGGUCCGUGAGACAGGCAGGAAGUCGGGGGCAUUAGCGAGGCAUCAUAGUUUGUGUCCAGGUGGGAGGUCCAGAUCCAGGAGGCAGCCAGGGAAGCAGAGGGAAUACGGUGAGACGAGACACACAGCUCGUGGCGCGGGAACAGAGGUCUGCUGCUGGGAGGCGACAAGGAGGACACGAGACAAAAUGAACACGGCGAGGGAGAAAACACAGAGAGAGAAAGAGUGCAUAGAGCUUGACAGUUUUGGCUUACUGUACAGGACAGACCCGCUGCGGGAGCACCCAGAAGCUCCGCUGAGGGCACAGCAGGACACGCCUCCACGUGCGCCGCUCAGACCGCGGCCACGCGCCUCCACAGCUGGAGACAAUCAGCAAUCAGCGCACCUGGACUUGAUAAAGAGCAGCAGCAUGAAGGCUAACGCAGCAGGCCGGAACAUAGCAUCUGUUCACAUUGUCUCCGUUGCCAUGUGCCUCACUUCUCUGGAUCUCCCCCUGGACCCUGACUGCCUUCCUCGAUCCUCGACUACCCCCGCUUUCGGACUCGGACCUCAGGACAUCUCUCUCCAGCCCCAUGGACAUCGCUUGGAUCACAUAACUUUUUUGCCUAGCCCCUUUGGACUUGUUUGCCUCCACAACCAACACACACUUCCAACAACCUCUUGUAAAUACUAUCUGGUUAAAUUCUACAGAUAAUCUCGCAUGCACACACAUAGUAACAUACACACCCCACGUAUUCAUCAGAUCUCAAUAAAACCAAUUGAGCUAGACUUCCUGUGUUGUGCCGUCUCCUUCCCCCUAGUCGUACACAACAUUAACUUGCACUUACAGAUGUAGCGACAAACUGUAGUUACUGACAGUGGUUUUCUGAAGUGUUCCUGAGCCCAUGUGGUGAUAUCCUUUACACACUGAUGUCACUUUUUGAUGCAGUACCGCCUGAGGGAUCGAAUGUCCGUAAUAUCAUCGCUUACGUGCAGUGAUUUCUCCAGAUUUUCUGAACUCUUUGAUGAUACUACGGACCGU